CUCGCCAAGUCAUGGAUGGACUAUUACCACUCAUGAAUUCGAGUUUGAUUCAAUUCUACUUUACUUACUUACCUAGUUAUCUAAAAUGCCUAGCUCCCAACAUGCCCUCCACCUAGAUUCUAACAGCGUUUCCAAUCUCUCAUCCUAUCAAGUUCUCCAACAUCAACCAAGCUCACCACCAACCACCAACCACCACCACCGACAUCCAACAACCAUGUCAAGCCAUCACAGUUCAAAAGCAAAAAGCGGAAGUCGCCGCUCCUCAAACUUGGGCUUGGGCGGCUCGGACUUUCCAAGGUUCUUAUUACCACCUAGUAACGAAACUCUAUGGGAGCAUAUGCGCAGAAGACAUCCAAAUAUCCCAUCCGGUAGCGUUUACAACGGAACGUGCCCCGAUCCCAAGAGACACGGUCCUACGUGCCCCUGCUACGUAUUUAUUGUCAACAAAAACCAACGGCCUCAAUUCUUCUGGCAUAGAUUGGAUAUGCAAGAGAAGAGGCUUGCGGUCUUGAAAAGCUUCGCAGCGUCGGAUAAGAACACGAAGCCGGAGAUGAUAGAGAAGGAGAUAGCUAGAGUGGAGGAACUUUGUAUGGAUUUGAGGGCCGUUGUCAUGGAGGAGCUGAAGAAGAAGGGUGGAUGGUGA